GUAGGGACGAACAGUUGAUGGCGGCGCGCGCACUGCACGACACAUCUGCCGGCACUGGCUCGCGGACGCGGUAGUGAAAAAAAAAACACGAGUGUUCCAUAUUUGAAAAUUUUAAUUUUUCGAACGCGAACCGCCCCUGUUUGGAUUGAGGAUAAAUAACUGCGCUGAGCGUGACACAGUGAUCCUGUAGACCAAGGAGUUCAUUAUUGUAAUCAUGCGAUUAUCGACAAACUUACAGCUGCUGACAUGCCUGAUCGUGUACGCGUCCAGCGCACACGGCAUCAUGGUGAAGUUCGGCACCAGGGACGGGCCCAUCCUGCCGGAGGUCCCUCGCGCCGCGGUCGCACACGCGCGGCCGAGUCGGACCCCCGCGCCCGUGUGGGAGGAGCGCAGUGGGGAUGCACCCAACCCUUAUGCUAACUGGCGCCCCGAACCCUUCAUACCUCAACCGAGGUACACGCAAGUCAUCUACAACCCUCCAGCCAACCAGUACAACAGCGCGAAGCAUUUCGUCAACGCAUACCUCCCUUACCCGAAGCCAAUUGAAGUGCAACCACCGAAGAUCCUGUUCACACCCUCACAAAUAGUCUCGCAACUGAGCUCUCAGAGUGUUCCUGGGGUCGGCAUCAGAUACUUUGUACCCAACUUCACUCACGUUCAAGUUAAUGAUAGACCAAUAGAGAAAGAGGAGAAUCAGAAUGAUGUAGAGAGAAAUGACGUGAGUGAAGGGAAUGAUGACGCGAACAGGGAGUACAACGAAGCCCAGUGGCAGAGAGAAAAGGAAUCGGCGAAAAGGACCACGAGAACUACUAGUGAACAGGUUCAAGACGUACCCUUCGUAUAUCAAUGGCCGGCGUACGUACCACAUCGGAGACACUAAUUUCAUUAAUAUACUAAUGUAUGUUCCUAAUAUUAAGCCGUUGUCACUCACCGCAGUAGAAUUCAUUACGUAAAGUUCAGUACUAAAACACCGUACACUGUACAGUCAGCAGAAGAGAUAUAUAUGCCACUCUAGCGCAUAGAGUUAAAUUUGAUUUUAUGACUCAUGGGUGGAAGAUAGAUGAAUCGAAUAAUAUUUUAUAGGUAGGUAGGUAACAAACAAUCUACUAUACGUAUUGUAUUUUUCAUGACAGGUAUUACCCGUCAGUGUAUCACAAAAUUAAAGUGUUUGAACUGGGGUAGCAUACAUAUCUCUUUUGCUGAUUGUACCUACCUAAAUUAAAACAACAGAUAAUUGAAACAAAUUAUAAUUUUCCUAUUAGGUAAAAGUGACCUGUUAAAUCAGUUUAAUAUCAAUGCUGUGAUGUGGUAAGAUAAUUUUAAAUAGUAAUGUAAGAAAUCGUGCCAGAUGAUGAUGAAGAUUCUAAGAUCGACAGUGAAUUUAUAAAAAUUGUUUUUUAUAUUUUAUUAUAUAUUAAAGACAUACCUCAGUGUCUGAAAAAAUUAUUAAAGUAAAUAACAGAUUCUGGAUAAAAUUUACAUUUAUUAUUUUCUCAGACACUGUUAUUUUACAGAGCUGUCAAUUUUAAACAUAAGUUAACUAGAUUUAACUUCAAUCUAGUUUGUAUUUUGUUAUUGUUUUACAAUUAUUUCGAGCCUUCUUGCCUUCUUCUCCUUUUAUGAUGAUCAAUGAUCAUUUUAAAACUUCGCAUGAUCAUAAAUUGCAGUGAAGCAAACACGGAAUAUGAUUUGUUUUUACGUUAACACUAUCUAUGAUCACUCUAAAAGCAUAUAACAGACAGUGCAGAAUAAAAUUAUGAGACGAUUCAAACAUUCCACAUGAAUAAAUCAUUUCAUGAAUUAUUUAUUUGUAUAAUGUUAUUGGGCCUUAACCGAAAUGACCAAUAUUUAUAUUUGUAUGUACCUAAUAUUAUUUGUCCUUAGAUACUUCUAAGCAGUUAUUGCAAGUUGCAACAACAUAUAUUAGUAUGGUAUUAAUCUAUAAAUACUGCUAAAUGAUGGACCCCAUGGAGGUUAAUCUAUCUGUACAAAAAAUUACGAGAGCUGUCAUCGUCAGUAGCGCUUCAAAACUUCGUUCCUCGUAAAGUUGUAAGCUAGAGUGACCUCCCAGAUACUCUGUAGUUAUACCUUUGAAUAGUACCUAUUAUGCUAUUGUUGUAAUGAUACUUGACUUUAUAUGGGUAGUUAGGUAUUACUAAGAAAAUCAUGACAAAAUUUCUACUUUCCCUCCGUAUGGUUAAAAAUGAGAAAAGCUUCCUUGUAAAAAUAUGCAAUUACAUCAAACAGUUACGGAACGGAGAGGCCUCUAUACUUAAUGUUGUUAAACAAAAAUGAAUACUUAGUUACUGUUUGAUCAUUUCAUGCUCAGUUAAAUAUUACUUAAGUACUUACUGUUUCUUGAAAAUCUACAAAUAUGUAUAUGUAUGUUGAUGCUGUAAUUAUAACGCUUGUAAAUAUGUAAAAUAAAUACUAAUAAUAUAAAAUAGA